CCGCGUUCAGCGGAUCAGGAGAAAAUAAUGAAUGUCAAAGGAAAAGUAAUUCUGUCGAUGCUGGUUGUCUCAACUGUGAUUGUUGUGUUUUGGGAAUAUAUCAACAGCCCAGAAGGCUCUUUCUUGUGGAUAUAUCACUCAAAAAACCCUGAAAUUGGUGACGGCAGCACUCAGAAGGGCUGGUGGUUUCCGAGCUGGUUUAACGACGGGACCCGCAGUAAUCAAGAAGAGGAAGACAUAGACAAAGAAAAAAGAAGAGAAAAGGAACAAAGAAAGGAAGAUGACGAAGAAGAGCUUCAGCUAUGGGACUGGUUUAAUCCAAAGAAACGCCCAGAGGUUGUGACAGUGACCAGCUGGAAAGCGCCAGUUGUGUGGGAAGGCACUUACAACAAAGCCAUCCUAGAAAAUUAUUACGCCAAACAGAAAAUUACUGUGGGCUUGACAGUUUUUGCUGUCGGAAGAUACAUUGAGCAUUACUUGGAGGAGUUCAUAACAUCUGCUAAUAGGUACUUCAUGAUUGGCCACAAGGUCAUAUUUUACAUCAUGCUGGAUGACAUCUCCAAGAUGCCUUUGAUAGAGCUGGGUCCUCUGCGUUCCUUCAAAGUGUUUGAGAUCAAGCCUGAGAGGAGGUGGCAGGACAUCAGUAUGAUGCGCAUGAAGACCAUUGGGGAGCACAUUUUGGCCCACAUCCAGCAUGAGGUUGAUUUCCUCUUCUGCAUGGACGUGGACCAGGUCUUCCAAGACAAUUUUGGGGUAGAGACCCUGGGCCAGUCAGUGGCUCAGCUACAGGCCUGGUGGUACAAGGCAGAUCCUGAUGAGUUUACCUACGAGAGGCGUAAAGAGUCAGCAGCAUACAUUCCAUUCGGAGAGGGGGAUUUUUAUUACCAUGCAGCCAUUUUUGGAGGAACGCCCAUUCAGGUUCUCAACAUCACUCGGGAGUGCUUUAAGGGGAUCCUCCAGGACAAGAAAAAUGACAUAGAAGCUCAGUGGCAUGAUGAAAGCCACCUAAAUAAGUAUUUCCUUCUCAACAAACCCUCUAAAAUCUUAUCCCCAGAAUACUGCUGGGAUUAUCACAUAGGCCUGCCUUCAGAUAUUAAAAUUGUCAAGAUAUCUUGGCAGACAAAAGAAUAUAAUUUGGUUAGAAAUAAUGUUUGACUUCAAAUUGUGCCAGUAGAUUUCUGAAUUUGAGAGAGUAUUAUUCUGGCUACUUUCUCAGAAAAGUAACACUUAAUUUUAACUUUAAAAAGAUACUAACAAAACCAAGAUGACAAACACAUACUAUUCCUCCUUAUAACUUUGAGCCUUGUAAUAUGGGAGAAUGAAUUUAUGGCAAUCAGAUGUAAAUUCCCAGUGAUUUCUGAUCUAUUCUGGGUUUAGGGGAAAUACUAUCGGCUGAAUCAAAAAGAACUUGGCACAGGCAAAGAAAAUGCCAGAAAAAUUCUAUAUUUGCCAGAUAAUGUGCUGGAGAAAAGGGUGCUAAGGGAAGUGUGUGGCAAAAAGAUAUGGUUUGGGGGAGUUGUCCCCUUGAUUUCAGUGUCUUCCCAUUUUUGAUGGGUCUAAAGCAACAUGAAAUUGCUUUGCAGCAGGAGAACCCUCAGUAAGGACACCAUUUACCUUGGCCAUCCUCAAAAGGCUUCAACAGCAUACUGCUUCAGGCCGUUUGUCGUCUAUGUCCUUUUCUUAUCAGGAUGUUGUUUGGCUUAUGUAUGAAAGAUUGGUGGCAGUUCCCAGUAGAUAUCAUGGUGGCGCAUGGUCAGAGCCCCAGGGAACCCAAAGAAGCCAGUGGGUGCUCAGUGUGAAGGGAAAACAAAGGAUCAAUGUGAGUUUGCCAUCAAACAGCAAAGAGAGAGUAGAAGAAAGGGGCUGAUCACUGUGGGGCAGUGCCGGUGCCACCCUGGAGGGACACUGGGCAUGGGGUCAGUGCUUAAAUACAUCAUGGACACAGGCACUGAAUAGGAGGCAGUGUGGAGCAGGGACUUGAAUGGAAGAUGCUUCAUGUUUUGUCCAAGCCUAUUCAGUCUAUCAGACUCUGCAACUUGUAUCUUCAGUCCUUGGUGAGGAGAUGUAGAUGAUGUGAGAGAAGGCAAAGGCCUGAAGUGGAUUGGAAAGGCUUGCAAGGAUUUCUGUUGCCAGGACCCGGGCCUCAUCAGAGGACAAUCAGUCAUCUGACAGUUCCACCAUUUAGCUAGUCUAAACCUCAGGGUUCCUCAGCACAUCAUGUGCCCACUAGGAGGGCUGACAUCAACGAGUGGACUGGAGAAAAAGCCCUCCUGUCAAGCAACCUCUCGUUUUCCCCUGCUCCGUCUGCACUAUGGAAGUGUAACAAUCAGAUGUACUUGACAAAAUGGUUAAUUGAUUUUAUAACAGAAGCAUGAGGGAUAGCAAUGGGGGAUCUAAUCAGGACUGAAGAGCUUAACAUUCAAUUCCCUUCUCUAAGAGAAGCUAUGGAAUCCUACAUAUUAUUUAAGGCAAAUCAGGAGGGAAAAUUUACAUAUGUACAAAUAUUUAUAUUUUGUGUUCCAGUUUAGGUCAUUUGUUUCCAUUUUCAAGCAACUUAUUUGAAAAACCAUUACAUGAGCUUGAUGUACAGUGCAAUGGGCUUCUUUGAUAAAAUGAAACUUGCAUUUUUCUCUACCAUUUCACCGUGCCUCCUACUCUUCGAUUCUUACCAAAAAAUCUCACAUCCAACAAAACAAACAAAAAUCUUAAGUUAUUCGG